UUGCAAAAACGAAUGAACCAGUUUUAACGAACAACUGCUCCACUAUUUUUCACGCCUCACACUUCACUCGCGCAGCAAAAUCGGAUCGAAUUCCUUCCUAUGGCAUCACCAAACUUACCUUUAAAGAAAUUCCACUUGUGCGAUCCUCCAUUGUUUAAUUUACUCCUCCCUGUGUUCCAAGGUAAAGCUCAAUGUCUCAGGUUCUGCUCCACGGGACUUUACAAGCCACGAUCUAUGAAGUGGAUAAGCUCAGCAAUGACGGAGGGGGGAAUUUCUUCGGCAAGCUUAUGGAGAACAUUGGAGAGACUGUUGGUAUAGGCAAAGGGACUCCAAAAAUCUAUGCAACUUUGGAUUUAGAAAAGUGUAGAGUCGGGAGGACGAGGUUGAUCGAGAAUGAGAACAAUCCUCGUUGGUACGAGUCCUUCCACAUAUACUGCGCGCACAUGGCGUCGAACAUAGUCUUUUCUGUCAAAGACGACGAUCCCAUCGGGGCGACAUUGAUUGGGCGAGCUUAUGUCCCGGUUCAAGAUGUGUUGGAUGGAGAUGAAUUGGAUCAGUGGGUGGAGAUCUUGGACGAAGAAAAGAAUCCGAUCAGUGCAGGUUCCAAGAUCCAUGUCAAGCUGCAGUAUUUUGAAAUUAGCCGCGAUCGUAAUUGGGGACAUGGCAUAAAGAGCGCCAAGUAUCCCGGUGUUCCGUACACUUUCUUUCCGCAGAAAACCGGGUGUCGGGUGACCUUGUACCAGGAUGCUCAUGUCCCCGACAAUUUCAUUCCCAAGAUUCCCCUCUCGGGAGGGCAGUAUUACGAGCCUCACAGAUGCUGGGAAGAUGUAUUUGAUGCAAUUACUAAAGCGCGACACUUAAUUUACAUCACGGGCUGGUCUGUGUACACUGAGAUCAGUUUGGUACGCGACUCACGGAGGCAGAAGCCGGGAGGGGACACGACCCUCGGCGAGCUGCUUAAGAAGAAGGCGAACGAGGGUGUUAAGGUUCUUAUGCUUGUCUGGGACGAUAGAACUUCGGUGAACAUGUUGAAGAAAGACGGCCUGAUGGCUACGCACGACGAGGAGACGGCGCAGUACUUUGAAGGGACGGAGGUGCACUGCGUGCUUUGUCCGCGCAAUCCGGACGACGGUGGAAGCAUUGUGCAGAACUUGCAGAUCUCGACAAUGUUCACGCAUCAUCAGAAAAUUGUGGUUGUCGACAGCGACAUGCCCCGCGAAGGGAUGGACAAGAGGAGAAUCGUAAGCUUCGUCGGGGGGAUCGAUCUCUGCGAUGGGAGAUACGACACGGCGUUCCAUUCGCUGUUCAGGACGCUCGACACUGCGCAUAACGACGAUUUCCACCAGCCGAACUUCACGGAAGGCGCAAUCAGCAAAGGCGGGCCGCGGGAACCGUGGCACGACAUCCACUGCCGGUUGGAAGGCCCCGUUGCAUGGGACGUGAUGUUUAAUUUCGAGCAGAGAUGGCGGAAACAGGGCGGGAAGGAUCUAUUGCUGAAACUGAUCGAAAUGGAAGACGUAUUCAUUCCACCGUCUCCCGUAAUGUUUCCCGAUGAUCACGAGACAUGGAACGUCCAAUUGUUCCGAUCGAUCGACGGUGGAGCCGCGUUCGGUUUCCCCGAGAGCCCCGAGGAGGCAGCCAAUGCAGGGCUCGUUAGCGGGAAGGACAACGUGAUCGACCGCAGCAUUCAGGAUGCGUACAUCCAUGCCAUUCGUCGCGCGAAGAAUUUUAUCUACAUCGAAAAUCAGUAUUUUCUGGGGUCGAGCUUCGCAUGGGAUUGCGACGAUGUUAAUUUGGAGGAAGUCGGAGCUCUGCAUCUUGUGCCGAAGGAACUCUCGAUGAAGAUCGCCGGUAAGAUCGAGGCUGGGGAAAGGUUCACGGCAUAUGUGGUGGUGCCUAUGUGGCCGGAAGGGAUUCCCGAGAGCGCGUCCGUUCAGGCAAUCUUGGAUUGGCAGCGGAGAACGAUAGAGAUGAUGUAUAAGGACAUUGUGCGCGCCCUUCGCGAGAGGGGCAUGGACGACGAUCCUCGGAAUUACUUGACUUUCUUUUGUUUAGGUAAUCGGGAGGUGAAAAAGAGCGGUGAAUAUGAGCCAACAGAGAAGCCGGAACCGGAAACGGAUUACUACAAAGCACAGGAAGCGCGGCGCUUCAUGAUCUACGUACACUCGAAGAUGAUGAUCGUCGAUGACGAAUAUAUAAUAGUCGGAUCAGCCAACAUCAACCAACGUUCAAUGGACGGUUCGAGGGAUUCGGAGAUAGCCAUGGGAGCCUACCAGCCGCACCACCUAGCAGGGCGGCAGCCAGCGAGGGGCCAAGUUCAUGGCUUCCGGAUGGCCUUAUGGUACGAGCACCUGGGGAUGCUUCACGACUCGUUUCUUCAACCUCACAGCGAGGAAUGCGCUAGGAAAGUGAACGAACUGGCCGAGAAGUACUGGGAAAUCUACGCCAGCUCCGAACUCCGGCAAGACCUUCCCGGGCAUUUAUUACGCUACCCUAUCGAAGUCUCCAGCGAAGGAGCUGUAAUGGAAAUGCCUCAGCACGAGUGCUUCCCGGACACCACAGCCCGUGUGCUCGGCGCCAAAUCUGACCUGCUCCCCCCGAUCCUUACAUCCUGAGGUGUGUUAUUCCGAUUUUUCGAGAUUUUUUAAAGGCGAGCUUUCUUACUACUUUUGUUGCUGUUUUUCUGCUCCUUGUGAAAUAAGAUGUUUGGAGGCGACAUUGUUGUAAGGAAUUUUGAAUAAUGUGGUUGAAUAAGAAAGUGUUGGUUGAAUGGGUUAGAAAUAUGACACGAAUAGUUGAGACAGU